UAUACGUCACUGUUGGUAUUAGUAUUAAUUCAACAUCGUAUGUCUUAAUGUAGUGUUAAUGUUUCAUGUGUUUGGUUGCAACAUCCGUGUGAUUAUUAUUCUCUUUAUUUGAACGUUCAAGACUAAAAAUUAACAAUUCAUAAGUUAAGCUCUUACCUAAUAAACAAACUUUAAAAUGGGGGUAAUAUUUUUGGAACACAUCGGUGGCACGCGUCUUUUUUCUUGUGCUUCCUGUGACACAAAUUUAACAAACCGAGGACAGCUGAUCAGUACUCGUUUCACAGGAGCAACUGGUCGAGCUUUUCUCUUUAACAAAGUUGUCAAUCUUAAUUACAGCGAGGUACAAGAUAGAGUGAUGUUAACUGGACGUCACAUGGUACGAGAUGUCAGCUGUAAAAAUUGUGAUGCUAAACUUGGGUGGGUGUAUGAGUUUGCAACAGAUGAUAAUCAACGAUACAAGGAAGGCCGGGUUAUAUUGGAGCGUGCUCUUGUUACCGAGAGUGAUGGAAUGGGAGAAAAUAUUUAAUACUUAAUAUUUUAUAGUGCACAAUAGAGUUUAAGAUCUGUAUAUGUCUAAAUUCAUUUAUAGUAUAUAAAUCCAUUGCCGUAUAUAUGAAAUAUUUAUCAACUUGUGUCAAUUAUCGGUAUAAGUAUUAAGCAUAUUAUUUUCUUUUUCUUUCUAGUAAAUUAUGUGGAAAUGUCAACUUUUUCAUGAAAUCAAAUUGAUCUUGCCAAAUGUAAAUAUCAAUUGAAAGGUCUUUAUAUAUAUAU